GCACUAAGAGACACUUUUCACUUAAAAACUUCAGUGGGACAGCAGAAAAGCAUUCCUAUGGUUCCCUAAUUCAUAGUAAACACACAUCUGGGGUUCACAUGUGACUCUGUCAAAGACAUUUCCCCCCUUUGAGCAAUUAGCUCAGGGACUGUGACGUGUGUGCUUCACUUUGUUGCACACUUUAACAGCCUUGGUAGCUUAGCUUGCUGCACCGUCCUGUAGCCUCAUGUUUCCUGUUGAGAGUAGAAUCAGAAAGUGUUUGUCUAGUGAAAUCCAGACAGAGCAAAGCAAACAAAUGGGCGAGAGAGAUGUGCUCACAGCCUGACGGGCUGGGCCAAGUCGCUGCGCUUGUUUACAGUCAAAGAGGACAAACAAUCAUAUUCAGGUUGGAAAAGGAACGAGACAGAUGGUGCAUUUGCCGCACAGUAAUGAGGGAGUGAGAGUGAGGGAGGGGACCUGUCUGUGCUGGAUGGGAACGCUGUGUGUUUUAGAUGAAAGUGUGUAAUCACAGGGUUGGAUCACAUGUUUUCCAGUCUGUUGCUGUUAAACACCUAUGUUGAUAUGAGGAGCCGGGCAUUUACCUCCAAGUGUGUCUCCAUUCUGAAACACUGACUCAACCCUCAGUCUCAGGGCUGGAGGUGGAAACGCAGAAUGAGCAGCCGGACACAUUUCAUUCAUUUCAACACAAAGGAAACAACCAAUUCAUGAAAACGCAGCCGCACUCACUUCAAUUAGCAGGUGGCCAGAGGUUGCACCGCUCACCCCCCGCCCCAGCGCUUUUCACGCUAUUAGAAUGAAACACGUACCGCUGGGGAAAUGUAACACAUGUUUAGUGUUGGACAGAGCGCCGACCUUGAGCGGAGCAGAUAAGAGACUGAAACACCUGAAUCUGAGAGAGCGAGGGCAUUUCACCACAGGGACGAGACGGGCCGAAAGCAUGAAGCUCCUCGUCCUCCUGACUCUCUUCGGAUGCACAGUUGCUGUGCAGGAUGACAAAAUAGUCGGAGGAUACGAGUGCCAGAAGAACUCUGUGCCCUAUCAGGUGUCUCUGUUCACUGGGUACAACUCCUGCGGCGGCACGCUUCUUUCUGACGAGUGGGUGCUGUCUGCUGCUCACUGCAAAACAAAGGGAAACGUAGAAGUCCGUCUGGGCGAGCACGACAUCUGGGAACCUGAGGGGACCGAGCAGCACAUCAUGUCGGCCGGGUUCUUCAGCCACCCUGGCUACGACCCGCGGACUCAGGACAGCGACCUCAUGCUGAUCAGACUGAGCCAACCCGCCGAGCUCACCGGCUCCGUGCGCCCCGCAGCACUUCCUUCCAGGUGUGCCAGCGACGGGACAAUGUGCCGGGUUUCCGGAUGGGGAAAUCUCCGUCCCAGCGAUGAGGGCUCGAGGUACCCUGACAAGCUGCAGUGCCUCGAGGCCCCUCUCCUGAGCGAUGACACAUGCUUCAACGCAUAUCCCUUCCAAAUCACGGAAAACAUGAUCUGCGCCGGCUAUUUGGAGGGAGGGAAGGACUCCUGUCAGGGGGACUCUGGGGGACCCCUGAUGUGUAACGGAGAGCUCCAGGGAGUUGUGUCUUGGGGCCACGGCUGUGCUCAGAGAAACAAGCCCGGGGUGUACACCAAAGUUUGCAAUUACAUCACAUGGAUCAAGGACACGAUGGCAUCUCGCUGAGUCGAAGACGCAUUAAAGAAGUCCAGAAGUGGCGACACCGGCGCCUCUGUGUGGUUUGUG